UGGCCUUUUCAAAUGUUAUGAUUCCACAAGUGAAUUAAUAGGAACAGUGAAAAACAAAAGAAUUGUUUCUACAAACUCUUUCUUGUUUUUUCGUAACCAAGGCUGACAGAAUCAAAAGUGGAUUAUACAUUAUUAAGUUACCUUCAGAGCUACAGUUAGGGCCGUUUUAAUCAAUACCUGGGCCCUAUAAUCUGCUAGACUCUCAUUUUACAUUGUUCUAUUUUUGGCAUGAAUUUCCCGUGACCCUUUGGUACCCCAUCACAGGACUCUUCUCUCAUUGGCUAGAGGAGUAUUUAGUGUCUACUUAAACUCCAGAAGCUGCUUUGAAGAAGCUUUCACUAUUUUAAAACUCUCAAAGAGCUUCAUCUUCCCUCAUUAAGGAAGUUUAUUUUUAACAGCUUCUGUCCUCCCUACUUCAUUAGUUUUCCUCUGAGCUAUUCAUUCUAUAUGAAUGUUUAAUAAAGAGGCAAAACCCUUUAGAAGACCUCACUGUUCUUGAAAGACGCAUCUCUCUAUUUUGCUUUAAAUAUGGGGAACAUGGAUGGCAAAGCUGUUGAAGAACUGAGUACCACAGAGUGCCACCAGUGGUACAAGAAAUUUAUGACAGAGUGUCCCUCUGGACAAUUGACUCUACAUGAGUUUAAACAGUUUUUUGGCUUGAAAAAUUUGAGUCCAUCAUCAAAUGAAUACAUUGAACAAAUGUUUGAGACAUUUGAUUUUAAUAAGGAUGGCUACAUUGAUUUUAUGGAGUACGUAGCAGCUUUAAGCUUGGUUCUGAAAGGGAAAGUGGAACAGAAAUUGAAGUGGUACUUCAAGCUGUAUGAUGUUGAUGGGAAUGGCUGUAUUGACAGAGAUGAGUUGUUAAACAUCAUUAAGGCAAUUCGCACCAUUAAUCCAUGUCAAGAAAUCAUGUCAGCUGAGGAAUUCACAGAUAUGGUGUUCAAUAAAAUUGAUAUAAAUGGAGAUGGUGAACUGUCUCUUGAAGAGUUCAUGGAAGGAGUACAGAAAGAUGAGGUUCUACUUGACAUUCUCACCCGUAGCUUGGACUUGAAACAUAUCAUUGAAAUGAUCAAGAAUGAUGGAAAGAAUCCUGGCAAAGCAGGAAUGUUCACAAAAGCAGCUGAAUAG